AUGUCUAAUGCGCAUGCUCGCGACUCUCAAGACUCACUCGCUGACCAACUUCCCGGCCAAUGGGUUGACGUCGAGCAGUCAAAGGGGCCAGCCUCGCCGGUAGCAAGAUCGUCUCCUUUACCAUUCUUUGUUGGCGUUCUUCCGCGUCUCCGGGGAUACAGAUGGGUUGCAUUCGCCCCAGUUGAGGAAGACAUAGACGACGGCGAGCCAAAGGGCCUGAAGCAGAUGUGGCGGAAUGGCAAGAAAGACAUCUGGCUUCGCGUCUCGCUGUAUUUCACCCUUCUUGCGCUGAUUUUCCCGUUUAUUGUUUGGUGGAUCACCUCUGUCGCGAGACAGAGACAUCCGAGUGUCAAGUUCCACCUUGAUUUUCCGCAAGGCUGUGUCGAGCGGGUACCCUGGUCAUUUGGCACAGACACGACGCCCGCUCCCUCUGAAUUCCUGGGUUCUUCGUACCUCUACACGGCAAAUGUGUCAUUAUCGCUGCCCAGCGACGCGGACGUACUCUCCAUUAUCACUCGUGGAAACGAGGCGAAUCGCGCACAUGGUAUUGUGGAGUUCAUUGUCGAUGACGGAACCAGGUAUGGGCAGGACAGCGACGUACACGUCGAGUUCACUGCGUUCAUGAAUGAUCGGGAAUCGUUGCAAGAGAGCGCCACGAUCUGCCGACUGCAUCCGUCUGCAAAACAUGACGGGGCGGGGCUUGUCGUUAAUUACCCGCGGUAUCAGAGCCAUCGCUCGCGCCGUAUGGUCUUUGCUAUUAAAGUCUACUUCCCCACAUCGCCUGGCUCCCCGACACUCCUGAAUCAGUUCCGGACAUCUUUGCCACAGUUCAUCCACAAGAUUGGGGAUCUUCAGGACCACGUAUCUUUCUUGUCGUUGUCACUAUGGUCUACCAACCAUCCUGUCUAUGCAGAGUCAGUAUCGGGGAAGAACAUCAACGUCAUGACGUCCAACGCGCCUAUCAAGGGCACCUUCAAUGCGACGUCCAUUCUGAACUUGUAUACUCAGAAUGCACUGAUCGACGUCAAUGUGAGCCUCGUGGCUGCGGAGAGCGUGCACAGUGCCACGGCGAUGCUGAAAACCACGAAUGCCCCUGUCUCUGCGAACAUGAGCUUAUUGGCAUCUGCGAGGGAAGCGAGGUUCAACACGCAAUUCGAGACGAGCAACGGUGCCCUCGACGUCGCUUUCGCGGAGGCACCUGUGAGCAGUCUCCUCGACGUCCGCGCACACACGUCCAACGCUCCCGCGCGGGUCUCGCUGCACGAGACGUUCGAGGGCACGUUCGAUCUUUUCUCGACGACCUGGCACCAGCCACAGGUGCACGUCCGCCCAGACGUGGAGGAUCCGGAGGGACAGGGGCGCAGGCGUGUGGUGGAAAUACGCCCCGAGUCGCGCGAGAGCAGUGUUUCCGGUAGCGUUGCUUGGGGAAAGCAUGAUGGUUGGCGGAGAUAUGGAAGGGUGAAUGUCGCGUCAUCGAAUAACGAUGUGCGUCUACACAUGUAG